CCAAAGCACCAUAUCUCAUUCUCUCUCUCUCUGUUUCUCUCUUCCUCUCUCUCUCUGUUUCUUCUAUUCACAUAUAUAAGAAGAAAAUGUGGAUGGAAAAUGGAGAACCACCACCAUGGCCACAAACCACCACCACCGGCGCCGCCGUGAAUGUCACCGGCCAAAUGGAUUCAUCUAUUUCCAACUUCAGAUCCAUGCUUGGAGUCGAUGUCGACGACGGCAGCUGGUAUGUAACCAAUAACGAAACACAAAACCUCACUUUUCAAACCACCGGAGAAACCCAAAACAACCUAAUACUUAAUCCUGUCGAUUCCUCCGCCUCCUGUUCACCAUCACCGGCGUCCAUGUUCACAAAUCUAGACCCAUCUCAGGUCAACUAUUUUAUACCCAAUAAACAAUCUUUUCAACCCGUUCUUAACGAUGAUAAUGGAUUCGAUUUUCUAGAACAUAAUCAAUUGUUCAACGUAGAUUUCACCUCAAACAAUACCCAAAUCGGAAUUCUCCCAAAUCUCACCUCAAAUCCUCAUCACUUACUUCCAUCGUUGCCACCGGAGAGUAACAAUAACCCAACACCGGCGUUUACUGGAUACGGCUUCCGUGGUUUCGAUAAUCGUUGUAAUAACGAUUCAAUUUUUCUAAACAACAGAUCAAUGACUUUGAAACCACUUGAGAAUUUCGAAUCGAUUGCUGCUCAGCCUACUCUGUUUCAGAAAAGAGCUGCUCUGAGGAAGAAUUUUGGGAGUUCUAGUAAUAAUAACUCCGAUGGUAUGAUGAUGAUGAUAAACAACAACAACGGCGGCGGUGGAAGCGGCGGCGGCGGUGGAGGGGGGGUUUCUAUUGGAGGUAAUAGUAAUAAUAAUAAUCUUGAUGAUAGUAUUGAUGGGUCUGGAUUGAACUAUGAUUCAGAUGAUUUUCUGGAGAGUAAUAAGGGUGACGGCGCCGGCGCCGGUAAUGAAGAAGGGAGUUCUAAGAAUGGGAAGAAGAAACUUCCGGCGAAGAAUCUGAUGGCUGAACGUCGCCGGAGGAAGAAGCUUAAUGAUAGACUUUACAUGUUGAGGUCUGUUGUUCCAAAGAUUAGUAAGAUGGACAGGGCAUCAAUUCUUGGUGAUGCUAUAGAAUAUUUGAAGGAGCUUUUGCAAAAGAUAAACCAACUACACAAUGAAUUGGAAACAACUAAUACUAAUACUACUACUACUACUCCACCCGGGUCAUCAUCUUCUUCGAUGGCGCCUAACAAUAACAUGAUGACGAGUUUUUAUCCAUUGACACCGACUACUCCUUCGCUAUCAAACCGGAUUAAGGAUGAACUCUGCCCGGCUUCAAUGAACAUCAAUAGCCCAAACUCUCAACCUAGAAAGAUUGAAGUAAGAGCUAGAGAAGGAAGGGCUGUGAAUAUACAUAUGUUUUGUGCGCGUAAACCGGGGCUGCUGCUAUCGACUAUGAGGGCUAUGGAUGAAAUGGGACUCGAUGUUCAACAAGCUGUCAUUAGCUGCUUUAAUGGAUUCGCCAUGGAUAUUUUUCGGGCAGAGCAAUGUAGAGAAGGGCAGGAUUUGAGUCCAGAGCAGAUCAAAGCAAUCCUUUUGGAAUCAGCUGGACUUUUGGCAUGAUUCAAGAAGCUGGAAUUUUAAUGAUUUUCAUUUCAAAGACUUUAUUUAACUUUCAAACUUUGUUUAAGAUUUUCCCAUAUCAUAUACUUUAAAUGUUUGGUUUUGUUACUCUU